ACUUAGCGCGCAGUCUUUCUUUGACGUUUUUAAGUGUCAGACGCUUGUGCUAGUUGUGUGCUUGCAACCGCGAAAAUUGUUUACAAAUAUGAAACAAAGUCGUGUUGGUUGUGUUAGUCAGAAAGUAUAAUUAACUACCUAUCCAAGUUAGUUGCUGUGAUAUGGCGGGCAUGUGUGAAUUAUUGUAGUUAUUUUUUCAUGUUACUGUGAUAACGAUAAUUUUGUGUGUAAACAAAUGUAAAUUAAUUAUAUGUAACGGUGAAACGAAACCGACCAGAUGGCUCAAGAGGGUUCCAGUAUGGAGAUGGGCACCAGUGACCAGGUCCUGGUUGCCGCCAAGAAGUCGAAGAAGUUGAUAUACAUCGUCGGAUUCAUAGCCAUGCUCGCUGCAAUAGCCGUGGUCGUGACUCUGGUGGUCGUGCUGUCUGGUAACGAGGGAGAAGCCGGCGUGGUCACCACGACCCCAGCCGGUCCCACGACGGUUACAACCACUACAACGACCACGACCACGACCUCGGCUCCAGAGCCCGCGCCCACCACAGUGCCGGAACCGACAACGAUACCGCCGACCACGGAACCGCCUCCGCCAGAAAUAACUUUGGACGAUAUUCUGAAUGGAGAAUUUAGUCCCGCCUCUUUCACAGGGACUUGGACCUCAGGAAACGAAAUAUUAUUCCGCAAUUCGGAAGGUCAUCUAGUUGUGUACAACGUGGACGAUGACAGCACAACUAUCCUAGUCGCCAAUUCGUCAGUGUUCCUGCAAAACUCAUCAAUCCUCAAUGAGGUGUCUCCAGAUGGUCGUUAUGUGGCUCUCUCAUUUAACGAAGAACCGAUUUACAGGCACAGUUUCCUCGCCCAAUACGUAGUAAUAGACACCCUUACGGGUAACAUCUCAUACAUCGCACCACCGGGCCUCGAUGUCAAUGACGCUGCACUCCAAAACUUUAGAUGGGGACCUUCCGGGUCUAUCGCUUUUGUAUACGAAAACGAUAUUUACUAUCAAUCCACAUUAUCAAGCGAGCCCGUGAGAAUAACUACUAGUGGGCUAGAUUAUAUCUAUAAUGGAGUUCCGGAUUGGGUGUAUGAAGAGGAAGUAUUUUCAUCGAACAACGCACUCUGGUUUUCGAGUGACGGCAGGCGGCUAGCUUAUGCCACGUUUGACGACACUAAUGUAAGGAUUAUGAAGAUCCCCACUUUCGGGAUUCCCGGGAGAGUUGAAUAUCAGUACACUUACCACCGGGAGAUACGGUACCCUAAGUCGGGCACAACAAACCCCACUGUGACCGUAUCGGUCCGGGACUUGACCAGCGCGGCUCAAACAGUUUACAGCGCACCAUCCGAUCUUAAUCAAGCAAUCCUAAAGGCUGUGACAUUCGUCAAUGCGAACACAAUAGCGGUGAUGUGGACCGACAGGGUCCAAACGCAAAUGGUCGUCGAGCUCUGCACUCAGGGCACACUGGCUUGCCAGCGAAUUUUCAGCUACACCCAAGCGAACGGUUGGAUCGACAAUAUUCCUAUGAUUUUCAACCAACAAGGAAACGCGUUUAUCACAAUCUUGCCUUUCGCAGUAAACAACGUACUAUACAAACAAGUUGUGCAAGUCACUCAAGGGGCGACCGCUACGGCGCUGUGGUCCAUGAGCAGCCGCUCCAACACACCGCACACGGUUCUUGAGAUCAUGACUUGGACCUCUGAUAAUAUUAUCUGGUACAAGGCGACCAGCGUGAGUGACAGCAGCGAGCAGCAUAUAUACACAGUGAACGCUGCUGGUGUAGUUAAUUGCUUCACGUGUGACGUCACGCGUGAUGGUGGCGGAGAGUGUCUCUACAAUGACGCUGCUAUCAACGAAGAAGCUACGCGUAUUACUGUAACGUGUGCUGGACCGGAUGUCCCGCAGAUCUUUAUUUAUAAUGUGAACGGCUCCCGCAUCAGGACUUGGGAAGACAACGAUAAGGUGUCACAGCUAGCCAACACCAUAGAGAUGCCGGUUACGCUCUCUAUGUCUCUAUCACUCGGGCAAGGGUUGCCGGACGCGCAGGUGCUGUUGCAGGCGCCGCACGAUUAUAGAGCUAGGAGCAACGUGCCGCUGCUGGUCUAUAUCUACGCAGGCCCCGACACGGCGCAGGUAACGAAGCGGUGGAACGUCGACUGGGGCACAUCACUAGUGAGCCGGUACAACAUCGCCGUGGCCCGCAUCGACGGGAGAGGCUCAGGGUUGUCCGGUGUCGAUAACAUGUUCGCGGUUAACAGGAAAUUGGGAACUGUUGAGGUGGACGAUCAGAUCACGGUUACGAGGUUGCUGCACGCGCAGCUGCCGUGGCUGGACAGCAACCGCACGUGCGCGUGGGGCUGGUCGUACGGCGGCUACGCGGCCUCGCUGGCGCUCGCGCGCGGGCCCUUCCGCUGCGCCAUCGCCGUCGCGCCCGUCGUCGACUGGCGCUUCUACGACACCAUCUACACUGAGAGGUACAUGGACACACCCCAAAACAACCCCGAAGGUUAUGCCAACUCUUCCCUUCUAACACAUUCAGUGGUGGAGGCGUACCGCGACAAACGCUACUUCCUCGUGCACGGCACGGAGGACGACAACGUGCACUACCAGCACGCCAUGCUGUUCUCGCGCGUCCUGCAGAAGAGCGACGUCUACUUCACGCAGAUGAGCUACACGGACGAAGAUCACGGCUUAGGCGGAGUCAGGCAUCACUUGUACCACGGUCUCGAGAAGUUCCUAAGAGAGAACAUGUUGUAAACUCAUUGUCUAUUUGAAUUAUCAUACUACUUAAACGUAUUAAAGAAAGUUUUACUGCAAAUAGAUAGAAAUAUUUCAGUGCUAUUGCCAUAGUUCUUAUUGUUAUACGUUAAGGUAUACAUUUGCUUGGCGAGAUAUUUUCUCGUGAUGCAUUGUAUGCCGUAAAUUUUUCAUUCAAGUAUUGUUGGUAUUAAUGUAGUAAAAUAUUAUGGUUUACGCUUUCUUUGUCACAAAUAAGUUUAUUUCUCCGAUAUUGUAUUUUAAUAUUAUCGCAAAUAGUAUUCACGAUAUAACUAGACUAUUUUUUACGUAAAAGCUACGUAAUUUUUCUAAUUAUUAUCAACGCUAUGGAGUACCUGUUUAAGGAAAUAAUUAUAGCACAAUCAGAACCUUUAAACGACAUAAUAAAUAAUAAAUACCAAUUGUUUAUUUAUAUACAUAAACAUUUU